ACUGUAAACAGAAAAUAUUAAUAGAUGACACAAUUCGAAUGUGACCUUCGGAUAAUUUGGGUGCGCGAAAAUGCUGGAACAAAUCCAACCUGGUUUUCAGCCGUUCUAUAUAAAAAACGAACGAAAUUACGACGAAAUGACCGAAAGCCCUGGAGAAGGUGAGAAAGCACCGCAAGAUUGUUGGACUUUGAUGACAACAGCUGAAAAAGUUUUACUCUUUUUACUCAUCUUAGCACUGGUUGGAUUUGUCGCAUUGGCGAGCUUUAUCAUAGUGCACUUUCUUAGUGAGGAAGUUUGUGAAAGUGAAGAAUGCAUUUCUGCGUCGUUCAAGCUUUUGAAAAGUAUAGAUCUUAGUGAAGACCCCUGCAAUAAUUUCGAAAAAUUCCUUUGUGGUAACUACAUUCCAAUCAGUGACGAGAAAAAAACCAACCUGGUCACUUCUCCUUUAAGUGACAAAGAUAACGGACCAAUUACAACAGUUAAAAGUUUUUAUCAAAGUUGCAUAAACAGUUCUGCCAUUGAAGACGAUAAUGAAAAUACCCUUGCUACAACAAUUUCCCAUAUUGGUGGAUGGCCUAUCUUGCUGGGCCAAACCUGGGCUGAAGACUCAUUCAACUGGCAAAAAUUCAUGGUAAAAGUGCGCCCAUUGGGUCUUAAAUCUGACUGGUUAUUACAUUUUGACUACUAUGAGGACGAAAGUGGCACAAAUCAAUUAUUGUUAAGGCCGCCACAAAUCAAAGCAAGGUCUUAUCAAUUCAAGACUGAAUUUUACCAAGAAUGUAUUAUAAAUCUCGCCGAUAAGUUUGACGCCGAUGAUUUGGUAUUAAAUCAGCUCAAGCAUAUGAUCGAAUUUGAAGACAAAUUAUUGCAGAUAAGUUAUUUAGACCAAGAUGAAAACUUCACCAAAGUUUCAGUCGGAAGACUGAAUGAAAUAUGGCCGGAAAAUUCACUUGUUGAAAUCUUCAACGACUUGGCUCGCGGUUAUUCGGUUUUUGUUAAUUCGACUCCAAUUUAUUUGGCGUCAGAGAACUACCUUUACGAAUUACACCAACUACUAUCUUCAACACCAAAAAGAACGCAAGCUAAUUAUUUUGUUUGGAGUAUUAUUGAGACGUUUUUACCUUUUUCGUCCGAGGAAAUUCGGAAAAUUUAUAGCAAGUAUUUGAAGAUGGAAAACAGGGAAGACCAUUGUCAUAGUGAGACAAUUAAGAGAUUUUACAGUAUUAUAAAAAGUGAAGAAGUGAGUAAAUACAAACAUGCACAAACUGUACCAUUACUUAACUUAAUUACAAAUCUGGUUUAUGAAAGCUAUAACGGGACUGAUAAUUCCGAAAUUAGUGUCAUAAUUGAGGGUCCUGAAGGAGAAAAUUCGGGAGUCACCGAUGUAACUUUUACCACUGAUAAAUUACCCAAAAUGAUAACUGAAGUCCAAUUUCGUAUCGACAAUGAAUUUUAUAAAUGUUUACAUAAAAAACCCUCGUUUUGUGUCAGAGAAAAUUAUUAUGAACAGUCACAAGCACUUGAACCCUUGUUUGAAACUUCUAACAACAUUUUUUAUGUUCCCUACAGCCUAGUUUAUAGUGAUUGGUUCAAAAUAAAUCAACCAAAUUAUAUAAACUUUGCCAAAAUAGGUCGAAUAAUCGGUGAUAAAAUUCUGGAAGCUGUAGAAGACGAAACUAACACGACUCUUUCCGAAUCUGGAGUAAAUCUGGCUUAUGAGGGCUAUAGAAAAUGGUUUCAAAAAAACGGAAUGGAGCCAAAGUUACCAGCUUUGAAUUUUACAAUAAAACAAUUAUUUUGGUUGUAUUCGGGUUUAGGAUAUUGCUCAGUAGAAGAAUCGGAUAAAAUCCAAGAAGUCGUCAAUUCGAUGUAUUUUAAAGAAGAUUUCCAUUGCAUUUAAAAUGUUUAGGUGAAUGUUCAUGAUAUAAAGUAUUUGGGUCGAGUGGAAGAAAGUGGAGUGAAUGAAUCAAGUAAAAAGUUUCAUUUAUUUUUCUAUGAGUUGUAAUCAAACACAAUAUUUUGUUAUUACUUAGGUAUUUAUUGUUAAUAAAUAACAUUUCUGAAAUGUU